AGGGGGUUGAUGAGGGGGUUGGUGAGGGGGUUGGUGAGGGGGUUGGUGAGAGGCAGCGUUAUCCGGGCCCUUGGGCAGCGCAGAGCCGAGGCCUCGCUCCCGGCCUGGGCUAGGCCUGUGGGGCUCUCACGGCGCCGAUAGGGGCCCGACAGGGGUCUCUUUGAGGGCUGAGAGCCGAGAGGGGCCCGGGUUGCGGAGACCCAGGACCCCGGGCGAGGUGAACCCUCAGCCUGGGAGUUGAGAGGAUCCACAGUGGCCGGAAAGGGUGAGGACCAAUGGAGGAUCGUAAGAGACGAAGGAGCCCCAAGUCGUCGUUCUCCGGCGGCGCUCAGCCCGGACCCCACCAGAACCCCGGCGGGGCCCCCGCGCCGACGGCGGCUGCCCGCGGCGCCGCCGCCGCCGUCACGGGCAGCAAAAGCGCCACGUUCAGCGGCGGCGGCGGCAGCAGCAGCCCGCCCGGCACCGCCAACUCGCCCCGGCAGCAGCUGCAGCAGCAGCCCGCCAAGCCCAAGGGAGCGGCCAAGCCCCGCACCUCCGCCGCCACAGGCCACCACCGCGCCGGUGCCCCCAUACCCGCUGCCGCCACGGCCGGCGCCGUGGCCCCCGGCGCGCCACCCAAGGGGCCGGUGGCAGCCGUGGCUGGACCCACGCAGCAGCACUCGUUCCUGACGGACGUGUCGGAGGUGCGGGAGAUGGAGCGCGGCCUCGUUAACCUCCUCAACGACUUCCACUGCGGCAAGCUGCAGGCCUUCGGGAGCGAGUGCUCGUUCGAGCAGAUGGAGCACGUGCGCGAGCUGCAGGAGAGGCUGGCGCGCCUCCACUUUGACCUGGACGUGGAAAGCGAGGCGAUGGCAGAGGAGGUGCGCAAGGGGGCGGCCAGCCGCAACCUCGAGCAGCUGCUGUCCAACCUGGAGGAGCUCAGCUCUUCAAUAAGCUGCACGUCAGCGACUCCCAGUCCUUGCCACGGUCGGCCAGUGCGUGAGCCCGCACAGCACAGACCGACGCAAACAAGCCCCACCCGGACCCAGCCAAACCCAGAUCGGACCCAUCCCAACCUGGACCGGACCAAUUCCAACGCAGACCGGACUGGACAAAUACAAACCCGGACCGGACUCUUCCCAACCCAGAUCGGACCCAGCCAAUUCCCAGACAGGACCCAGCCAAACCCGGACCGAACCCUUUCUAACCCAGACCAGACUCAUCCCAGCCUGGACCGGACCGAUCACAACCUGGACUGGAUCCAGCCAAACCCGGACCAGACCGGACCCAGCCGAAGCUGGGCUUGACUCACCUUACCCAGAGUAGCAGCUCGGACCUGACUCUGGGUCGUCGAACUGAGCUAAACUGGACCUGGGCCAAAACUAGGUUGGCAACCGCCAAUCGGAUCAUUAACAGAGGUCACGUGACCCUUCGGCACUGUGAGUUCUGUAGACCCGGGACCCGUCCAAACAGAGCAUCCUGAGCCGGGUGAAUUGUGUUAUUAAACAAUAAAAUGUUAAA